ACUUUUUUUUUUUUAUGGUUUAUUUUAUUUUUCAGACAGGACAAAGUUCCCAAAGAUGUCACCUGUGACCUCAUUGUAGGAUGUGAUGGAGCCUUUUCCACUGUUAGAACUCACCUCAUGAAGAAACCCCGCUUUGAUUACAGUCAACAAUACAUUCCUCAUGGGUACAUGGAGCUGAGUAUUCCACCUAAGAAUGGGGAUUAUGCCAUGGAACCUAAUUAUCUACAUAUUUGGCCUAGGGAUACCUUUAUGAUGAUUGCACUUCCUAACACGAACAAAUCUUUCACGUGUACUUUGUUCAUGCCUUUUGAAGAGUUUGAAAAACUGCUAACUGGUAGUGAUGUGCUGGACUUCUUCCAGAAGUACUUUCCGGAUUCCAUCCCUCUAAUUGGAAAGCAAGCCCUGGUACAAGAUUUCUUUCUGUUGCCUGCCCAGGCUAUGAUAUCUGUUAAGUGCUCUUCUUUUCACUUUAAAUCACAUUGUUUGUUGAUGGGAGAUGCUGCCCAUGCCAUAGUGCCCUUUUUUGGGCAAGGAAUGAAUGCGGUAAGUUCUUUUUCAGUAGGUAAGUCCCUCAAACUUUUCUGGGCCCAUCGUAUGUGUCUUCCAGAAUUCUCAAGAUUUAGAAUUCCAGAUGACCAUGCAAUUUCAGACCUAUCCAUGUACAAUUACAUAGAGAUGCGAGCACACGUCAAUUCAAGGUGGUUCAUCUUCCAAAAGAACAUAGAGAGAUUUCUUCAUGCUAUUAUGCCAUCUACCUUUAUUCCUCUUUAUACCAUGGUCACCUUUUCCAGAAUAAGAUACCAUGAAGCAGUGCUGCGUUGGCAUUGGCAGAAAAAGGUGAUAAAUAGAGGACUUUUUCUCUUUGGAACGCUGAUAGCUGUCAGUGGUACCUACCUACUUAUGCGCUACAGAUCACCGAGAUCCCUGGACUACUUGAGAAGACCAUCAGAGUGGGUCACUUACUUCCAGAAUACAGGACAUGUUUCCCUGUAAAUUCCUUUGAGUCACUAGAACAAAUUCCUAAUGUCAUUAACAAGUGAUAAAAAGAUCCUGAAGUAGCAAAUAUUUGAUUUUUCUGUAACCAAAACUGGAACAAAAUCAUGUUUCCAUUAUCAUUUAAUUCACUAAUGGAAGAUAUUUGUCAGCUUAUAAUCAACUUCCAUGUAGAAUUUCUCUGCAAGUUUAUUGUAAUUAAUGAAAAAAUAACCCAUCACUUUCAGUUGUAAAAUGCAGUUUUCCCACAGCACUAUUGUUAGGUCAGAUCAUUCUAAAUAUAAAAGCACAAUGACUAAGAUCUCUUUCACUUCUCAAAAAGUAAGGCCCUAAAGACCUCAAGAAGUCACAAUCAUAGUUUUCUUUAAAGCACUUAAUAGAAAUCAUGAUAGGAUUCACUUAACACCUGGGGCUAAAAGUCACAAUUUGCCUAAUGGAUUAGUAUAAUUGUACUUUUCAUCACUUGGAUGAAACUUACUCAAACACAGGGCUCAGAUUUUCUUGCUAAAACUAGAAAUAUAAAUAAGCAAAGGGGGCUUUCUCAAGAGUUCAAAAUGAAUCAGUUUUAUUUCCCAGUCUUCAAAUGCCAGUAUUACCUUCUGAGGAUUUCUUAAAUUUAUUUUUUAAUUUAAAAAAAUUUGUGGUAAAAGUCAUAAUAUAAAACAUACUAUUUUAAUCAUAUUUAAGGCUAUUAAAGCCACACUAAAUGAAGGGUAGGAAGAGUCUUAUUUAUAAAUUAAAUAUCUAUAUACAUAUAGGUAGAAAGGAAACAGUUUCAUAGAAAGAUGAAGCCAUGUUUAUUCCAUUUCAGAAGCAACUUAUUAACAUUCUUAAACUAUAUGUUGCAAAACCAGGGAUAAACUUGAUGUUUAAAAGUUCAUUUAGUAUUAUUUCUAAAUCACUGGAUAUACUUUGUUAAAUGCAUUAAUUAUCUUACAGGAAAUCAUUAUUCUUCCAAAUCAUGCGAUUUUACAUUUCUUUUGAGAAUGUCAGUAAUUUUCACAGAACUACUAAAGUUUCAGAAUCAUUGAUAAUUAAAACAAGGCCUGGAAAAGUUUUCCUCCUAAAAUCUCCACCAAAUACCUUCAAACUGUAUUAAAUUUUAAAGAAAUGUAUGAAAUCAGACAACUUAAGUUUUUAUGUGGAGAACUUCUGUCUUUUCUAGAUUAUAUAGACAUGCUUAUUUGCACUGACAGUUGGAAUUUGUUUUUGUUGUUAUACAUGAUCUUAUGUUGUCAUAACUUAGAGUAUUAACUUAAAUGUGAUUUAGAAAUAUAGGAAUAAAGAACAAUUUGGAGAAAACAAAAAAUAAAUCUGUUUCUUCAGAAACAAGGCAAAAAAGUUCAUUUAGUGGAUACUCUUUUUUUGGUUCUUCCUUCUUCAAUAGGCCAACUGAAUCAUUUAGCAGUCUUCCAAAUGUGAUUAAUUAUGAAGAUGCAACACCAGUAGAAUAGUCAUGUAAGAAAUAAAAAUUAGGAAAUAAAAUUAUUCACUUACUUCCCUAUAUUGUCAAAGAAAUCCUUGAGUCCUAACAAUCCAUUUUUAGUGUAAAUAACGACUCAUGAAAAAAUGGUCUCUUCAGUAGCUCUGACCACUAUUUAUGCAGUGGAUUUAUUGAAAAGCAAUGAAGAUUAAAUAACACAUUUCACAAAUACACUUCUACACUUACUUUCAUUCUCCUUCAAAUGUAGCUUUGUUUGGCUUUGCUGGAACUUUUUUUCUAAAUCUAGAAUUCUUGGAAAAUUAUGAGAAAUCACUAGGAGGAGAGACUAAUCCUACCAUGUUAAUAUUUGAAAUGAAAUAGAUGUAGACAUCUAUCUUCCAUCAACACUGGCUUCACCAUGUACAUCCAUUGCUAAUGUACGAUUACCUUUAAUCUUGAUCACCUUGAAAUUCA